AUGGCUAGCCGAUCAUCAUCCCUGCUGCAACUGCUGGUACUGGUAGUAGCGGCGGCGCAGUUCCUUGGGUCGGAAGCCGGUGGCAUUUCCAUCUAUUGGGGCCAGAAUGGCGGCGAGGGCACGCUGGCGGAGACAUGUGCUACCGGCAACUACAAAUUUGUAAACCUCGCCUUCCUUGCCGCCUUUGGCAAUGGCCAGCCGCCGGUCCUCAACCUGGCAGGCCACUGUGACCCGACCAACAGCGGCUGCGCGAACCUAAGCUCCGACAUCAAGUCAUGCCAGAGCCGCGGCGUCAAGGUGAUUCUCUCCAUCGGUGGCGGGGCAGGCAGCUACUACCUUUCCUCAACCCAGGACGCUAAGAACGUGGCGACAUACCUAUGGAACAACUUCUUGGGGGGUAAGUCAUCUUCGCGGCCUCUCGGCGAUGCAGUCCUCGAUGGCAUCGACUUCGAUAUUGAGGGCGGCACACCCCUUCAUUGGGACGAUCUUGCGAGGUUCCUCAAAGGAUACAGCAACUCUGGCAGGAGAGUCUACCUGACUGCCGCACCACAAUGCCCUUUCCCUGAUGCGUGGGUGGGUGGCGCCCUCAACACCGGCCUCUUUGACUAUGUGUGGGUGCAAUUCUACAACAACGCACCCUGUCAGUAUACCUCAGGUAGCACUACCAACCUAGCUGACGCAUGGAAGCAGUGGUUGACAGUUCCAGCAAAGCAGAUCUUCCUCGGCCUCCCGGCGUCACCUCAGGCUGCCGGAAGCGGGUUCAUCCCAGCUGAUGAUCUAAAGUCAGAUGUUCUCCCAUUGAUCAAAAGCACAGGGAAGUAUGGAGGGAUCAUGUUGUGGUCCAAAUACUAUGAUGACCAGGAUGGCUACAGCUCUUCGGUGAAGAGGGAUGUUUGAGAGGGUUACCUAUCUUUGAUUUGUGAGGUACAUGUGUGCUUUUUCAUUGUAACGUGUGAGGAAUUGUGGAUUCAUCCAUUUUCAUUGUUACUUGUAAGUAAUUGUGUGUGACUUGA